AUGAGGGAAGGCAGGAAUCUGACAAGAAAGGAGAGCAUCGCCUGCAGGAAUUUCAAAGAAAAUCGAAACCAGAGACAGUUCAUUGCUAUGAAAGCCACUGGUUUUGAGAAAGUGCAAGUUGCCGACCUUGCGGAGAUGACACUGGUCGAUAACAGAAUCUCCAUUUGGUCUGCUGGAGAUCUCGGAAAUGGGGGUCUCAAUGGGGACUAUCAAGGAGAACCUCAGCUGCUGUGUGACAUCAGGCACAACGGUGAUGUUAUGGACAUGCAGUUUUUGGAUCAAGAGAGAAUUGUGGUUGCCUCAUCAACAGGAGCUGUAACCAUAUUCCGUCAUCAUCAAAAUAACCAGACUUUAUCUGCCAACCAGCGGUGGGAGAAAGCCCAUUAUCAUGUGGAUCAAAGCACAUCUUGUGGUGGAGCAGCAUGUACUGGAGUCAUCUGCAACAACCCAGAAAUUGUCACUGUUGGAGAAGAUGGUAGGAUAAAUCACUUCCGAGCUGACCAAAAGGAUCCAGUAAGAACUAUAGACAAUGCAGACAGCAGUACGCUCCAUGCAGUGACUUUCCUUCGUACAACCGAGAUCUUGACAGUAAAUUCAAUUGGACAGUUAAAAAUAUGGGAUCUCAGACAGCAAGGAAAUGAGCCAUCUCAAAUAUUUUCUUUGACAGGUGACAGAGUUCCACUGCACUGUGUGGACAGGCAUCCCAAUCAGAGGCAUAUUGUGGUCACAGGGGGCCAGGAUGGGAUGCUAAGUAUAUGGGACAUCAGGCAGGGUACUAUGCCAGUGUCCCUGCUAAACGCUCAUGAAGCAGAAAUGUGGGAAGUUCAUUUCCAUCCCUCCAACCCUGAUCACUUAUUUACGUGUUCUGAAGAUGGAUCUCUUUGGCACUGGGACACUUCCACAGAUGUAUCUGAAAAACCAUCUUUUCUUCAUCAAGGAGGAAGAAGUACUACCUAUUUUUCUCACAAUACCAUUAACCAGUCUGUAAUAAGUGCCUGGCUAAGCAAUGAUCCUACCAAAGACCGCAUGGAAAUCACCAACUUAAUUCCAAAUCAGACUUUGUCUGUGAAUAGUUUAGAUGUUUUAGGACCAUGCCUAGUAUAUGGUACUGAUGCAGAGGCUAUUUAUGUGAACAGACAACUUUUUGCAUGAGGUGGCUCCAGUAUCUCUUUGAAGUACUGAUCACCUUGAAUUACUGGGAAAUGUCAGGUUUUUUAUUUAUGAUACUCAUGAGUUUGUUAUCAGUGGGUGAGGGAGAGGCCUGUUGUGUGGCCCUGGUACUGCAGAAGAAAUGUAAGGUACCUCAGAUUCUGAAAGCUGUCACUUAUUGAUCUUCCAGGAUGGGUAAC